AUGGGAAAAACUUCUGGGGGACGUCCCGAGGCUGGAGUCCGAGCUCACAGAGUUAAUAGCCGCAGGGAGUCGGGUGUGUCGUGGGGUCGUCGUGGGCGCGGCGUGGGCGGUGUGGGCGGUGUGGGCGGCGUGGGCGGCGGGGCGCGCGGCGCGGGCAGCGCGAGCGCGUGGCGACGGCGCGAACGUCUCGCGCAGUCUCGCAGGCCCAUGGAGAUCCUCACCAGCCUUUAUGCGCUGCUCUCUGGAGGGCAAGGUGUUAAUCCGAAGAUCGACUCCGUAGCCUUCCGCCUGCACUGUGGAGCGACCACGGCAGCACUCCUCGCGGCCAGCGCUGCUCUAACCACACGCCAUCUCGUGGGCAACCCUAUAGACUGCAUACACACUAGGGACAUACCAGAGGACGUUCUCAACACGUACUGCUGGAUCCACUCGACCUUCACGGUGGCCGGCGAGGCUGGAGCAUACCCAGGUGUUCGACCAGCUGGAACAGCGCCCAGGAGAUACGGGAAAUACUACCAGUGGGUCGCCUUCAUGCUGUUCUUACAGGUUAGUAAAAAUCUUAUAUAUAAAAUUCUCGUGUCACAAUGCUCGUUCCCGUAUUCCUCCCAAACGGCUUGA